GUUAAAACCCCGUCAAGAAACAAGAAAGUCUUUCUGUUUCUGUCUCCCCUACAGUGCAUCUAUAAUCUAUGCCCCGUUCUCCCUUGAAGUCCAAGAUAAACCUUGGAGAGAACCCAGACCGGAUACGUAGAAUACAGUAGCCAUGGAGGACAGUGCCACCAACACAGCCAAUAAUGUGGCCCGAGCCAUAGCCGCAGCCCUCGACUGGGCUUCCACUCCCGAUGCUCGCAAAGCCGCCGUUUCUUUCUUAGAAUCCAUCAAAGCUGGAGACGUACGGAUCCUAGCUAGCACAUCCUUCCUUCUAGUCAGAAAGGACUGGUCUUCAGAAAUUCGGUUGCAUGCAUAUAAGAUGUUGCAGCAUCUGGUUCGGCUGCGGUGGGAAGAAUUAAGCCCUACAGAACGUAGCAGCUUUGCAAAUGUCGCUGUUGAUUUAAUGUCUGAGAUUGCAAAUCCUUGUGAGGAAUGGGCUUUGAAAAGUCAAACAGCUGCCCUUGUUGCUGAGAUAGUUAGAAGAGAAGGCUUAGUUCUAUGGCAAGAACUGUUCCCGUCUCUAACUACCCUGUCCAGCAAGGGUCCUGCACAAGCUGAGUUGGUCUCAAUGAUGCUGAGAUGGCUUCCUGAAGAUAUUAUGGUUCACAAUGAAGAUUUGGAAGGUGAUCGGCGUAGGCUAUUGUUGCGGGGGCUUACCCAAUCUUUGCCUGAAAUUUUGCCUUUAUUAUACACCUUACUAGAACGACACUUUGUGGCUGCAUUGAGUGCAGCACGUAAUCAAGAACUGGAUGUUGCAAAACAACAUGCAGCCACUGUAACAACUACUUUAAAUGCUGUUAAUGCAUAUGCAGAAUGGGCUCCGUUGCCUGAUCUUGCUAAAUAUGGCAUAAUUCAGGGGUGUGGUUUCUUACUUUCUUGUCCCGACUUUCGUCUUCAUGCUUGUGAGUUUUUCAAACUUGUCUCUCCAAGGAAGAGACCUAUCGAUGUCUCUGCUUCUGAAUAUGUUUCUGCAAUGAGUAAUACCUUUCAGAUCUUGAUGAAUGCCUGUAGAGAAUUUUUGUGCCGAUCAAGCUCUAGUUCUGUAGUUAUUGAUGAAAAUGAAUUUGAGUUUGCUGAAUGUAUAUGUGAGAGUAUGGUGUCUUUGGGUUCUUCCAACUUGCAGUGUAUUGCUGGUGAUAGCACCCUUCUUCCUCUUUAUUUACAACAGAUGCUGGGAUUUUUUCAACACUCUAAGCUAGCUCUUCAUUAUCAAUCCCUGCUCUUUUGGCUGGCACUGAUGAGAGACUUGAUGACAAAGCCAAAGGUGGUUGCACAUUCAGCCGGAGACAGUUCAGCUGUUAAUAGUCUAAGCACCAUUCCUGGACAGGCUGAUAGCGAGAAGAGAAAGAUCUUGAGUUUUGUGAGUGAUGAUAUUUGUAGUGCAAUUCUGGAUAUAUCUUUCCAGCGCAUGCUCAAGAGAGAGAAGGUUCUUCCUGGAACCACUUAUACCCUGGGGGCAUUGGAGUUGUGGAGUGAUGAUUUUGAGGGCAGGGGUGACUUUGGCCAGUAUCGUUCAAGGAUGUCAGAGUUGAUCCGGUUUAUUGCUUCUUACAAGCCUCUAAUAGCUGGUGCUAAUGUUUCUGAAAGAAUUAUUACAAUCAUCAAACACCUGUUACUUUCUCAAAUGCCUUCUCAGGACUUGGCUGUGAUGGAAAGUAUGCAAUUGGCUCUAGAUAAUGUUGUGAAUGCAGUCUUUGAUGGAACAAAUGAAUUUGGCGGGGGUAGUUCUGAAGUUCAACUUGCACUGUGUAGAAUAUUUGAAGGUUUACUCCAGCAACUUCUUGCUUUGAAGUGGACUGAGCCAGCACUUGUGCAAGUACUUGGACACUAUUUAGAUGCACUGGGUCCCUUCUUGAAGUACUUCCCAGAUGCAGUUGGUAGUGUCAUCAAUAAGCUAUUCGAGCUCCUAAACUCACUACCUCUUGUUGUUAAGGAUCCUUCCACAAGUAGUGCACGACACGCAAGGCUGCAGAUUUGUACAUCAUUUAUUCGAAUAGCCAAAGCUGCUGACAAAAGCAUUCUGCCUCACAUGAAGGGUAUAGCUGACACCAUGGCAUAUAUGCAAAGAGAAGGUUGUUUGCUUCGUGGUGAGCAUAAUCUUCUUGGGGAAGCAUUUCUCGUAAUGGCCUCUGCUGCGGGGAUUCAACAGCAGCAAGAAGUUCUGGCAUGGUUAUUAGAACCCUUGAGCCAACAAUGGACACAGGUUGAGUGGCAAAAUAGCUAUUUGUCUGAACCACUAGGUCUGGUUCGCUUGUUCUCUGAGACACCAACCAUGUGGUCUAUUUUCCACACUAUUACAUUCUUUGAGAAGGCACUUAAGAGGAGUGGAUUUAGGAGAGCCCAGGCAAAUUUACAAAACAACUCGACAUCUAGCUCUACGUUAUUGCACCCAAUUGGUUCUCAUCUGUCUUGGAUGCUGCCUCCUCUUUUAAAACUGCUUCGUGCUAUACAUUCUCUUUGGUCUCCAUCUAUAUAUCAAGUUCUGCCUGGAGAAGUAAAAGCUGCAAUGACCAUGACUGAUUCUGAGCUAUUCAGCCUCUUAGGGGAAGGGGUUCCUAAAUUAUCAAAGGGUGUAUUAACUUUCACAGAUGGAUCUUAUGCUGACAUGGGUAAGGAAGGAACUGCAGAGCCAAACGAGUCUGAUAUACGAAACUGGCUGAAAGGUAUCAGAGAUAGUGGGUAUAAUGUAUUGGGCCUGUCAACGACCAUCGGAGAUUCAUUUUUCCAAGCUUUGGAUAUACAUUCAGUUGCUUUAGCCCUAGUGGAGAAUAUACAGUCAAUGGAGUUCAGGCAUAUAAGGCAGCUUGUUCAUUCAUUUUUUAUUCCUUUGGUUAAAUAUUGCCCUUCUGAUAUGUGGGAGAUCUGGCUAGAAAAACUUCUGCACCCUUUAUUUCAUUAUUCUCAGCAAGCUCUCAGCUGCUCAUGGUCCAGUCUUCUGCAUGAAGGCAGGGUAAAGGUUCCAAACAUCCACAAAAUAUUUGCUGGGUCAGACUUACAAGUGGAAGUAAUGGAAGAAAAGCUACUCCGAGAUCUAACUCGUGAAAUAUGUUCAAUCCUCUCUGCUAUUGCUGGGCCACCGUUAAAUACUGCCCUUACUUCUUUAGAACAGUCUGGGCAUAUUAGUCGUGUGGAUACGUCUUCUCUCAAAGAUUUGGAUGCAUUUGCAUCGAACUCUUUGGUUGGUUUCCUGUUGAUGCACAAAGGUCUAGCCAUUCCGGCCUUGCAGAUAUGUUUAGAAGCCUUCACUUGGACAGAUGGUGAAGCCGUGACAAAAGUUUCUUCCUUCUGUGCUGCUGUGGUUGUCCUAACCAUAUCAACGAAUAAUGCAGAACUUCUACAAUUUGUUUCUAAAGAUUUGUUUUCUGCAAUUAUCCAAGGAUUGGCACUCGAGUCAAAUGCUAUUAUCAGUGCAGAUCUGGUUGCUCUCUGUCGUGAAAUAUUUGUUUAUCUCUGUGAUAGGGAUCCAGCUCCCAGGCAGAUUUUGCUCUCACUGCCGUGUAUCAAACCACAUGAUUUGGUUGCUUUUGAAGAAGCUUUGACAAAGACAUCAAGUCCUAAGGAACAGAAGCAGCAUAUGAGGAGCUUGCUUUUGUUAGCUUCUGGAAACAAGUUAAAAGCCCUUGCUGCUCAGAAAAGUGUAAAUGUUAUUACAAAUGUUUCGACGAGGCCUCGCAAUUUGGUGAAUACUGCAGAAACCAGAUCUGAUGAUGGGGAUGUUGUGGGGUUGGCAGCCAUUUUGUGAUGGAUUUUUAAGAUCAUGGUGGAUUUCUUGUACAGAAUUGAAGUUUCAACGGAACGAGGGGAUAUCUUGUCUUGACAUAUACCGUGGUAUGAGGCAUCUUUUUCACGCCAAAGGUCCACAGAGGUUCACCCCCGGACACAGCCAGUCUGCCCCAAAUGGAAGGUUUUGACCUGUUGUGCAUAAAUGUUUUAGGGCAUUUCAUUAUUCCUCUGGUUUAUUUUACCAUAUAAAUUCGACCCUUUUUUCAUCUAAUUCUCUUUAUUAUUUAGAUUUCAUCUUUUUUGCAAUCAAAUCCUUUUACCAAAUUGCCUCAUCUAAAACCUGUGAAAUAAGCUGUUCAUUAUGGUGGUAACUUCACUUGUUCAGUGUGGGAUUACUGUCAUUGUUCCGAGGCAGAUAUAGGGUUGUCAAAUGCUUGCAGCAUCUCGAUCUGCUUUAGAUGCCAUGUUUACUGUCCCUUUCAAUUGUUAUCUUACCCUCUAAAAUUUUGAAAAGAAAAUGCUAUGGGUCCCAACACAUUGUCCCGACUGUUUUUCUUUUUUAACUUACUGAUUUAGAAAGUGUUUUUAAAACAAAAGUAGAACGCAGUCCUCGGCGUCGUAGGCCUAGCAUGACACAUUGUUUGAAAAGGGUAGAAAAAGCCAACAUAAUACAAGGCAGAAAAAAACAAGACAAAGAAGUCGAGGCAGAGAGUUUUCAGUACAAGCAUGAGUCGUGCAUUAGCAAACAAAGGCAAAUAUGUUAAAUAAUGGAUUAUGAAGAAGCUAUGGAUGUUAGAGCUGGAUUUAGCAGUUGUUUUGUGGAAUUACCACCGGCCUGGAAGAUGGCCAAUGGGAUUAGCAAGGUUGGCAUUUUACAUUUACAAAGCUUAGCCAUAACGCCAAAGGUUGACAUUUUACGUUUGUUGAUAUGACACGUUUCAAGUAAGUAGUCAUUUAAUUUAAAUGGUUAACUUAUAAAAUUAAUUAAAAUAUGUCAUAUCAACACGCAUAAUUGGGAAUGACAAUAUAUAAAACGAAGUCGUCGAUAUUUUAGAAUCUAGGUAGGUAGGUCUAAGUAGACAUGCUCAUCAUUCAUAAGAGUAAAUGGCAAAACUACUUUCGGCCAUAAAAUAAAAAAAGAAAAACGAUACUUGCUAGCAUUUACAACGGCUAAAGCAUUGCCAACAGAAUCUACCAAGGAAAAAAGCAUUUGUGCAAAAAGGGAAAGGAAAGGUUCAAGAUUACUGACAAAUUUCCCCAUUUAUGAAAGUUGACAAAGCAUUUGUGCAACAGGAUCUAGGUUUGAAUGGCUGCUUGAAGAACGGUAGGUGAAGACUGUUAGAUAUUUAGUAAAAAACGAUGGGAUUUAGUUGCAAAUGUGAAUAGGUAGAUAGAUGGAUGCUUCUAUGCUAAGCAAUUCCCUUUAUAAAACACCAGGAACCCCCUAAACCAAAGCCUUCUAUAAAAGUUGCCACAGAGUGACAGAAACUUUGGUCAUUGCUCAAGUGCUGCAAGGGAGAGAAGGACAGAGCAACCUUCGUUUUGGUUACUGCAGAUUGUUGUGGUUAACGUAGAGAGGUCUAGCAAUGGGUCCAGGAGGGCCAGGAGGACCAGGAGGGCCUGGAGGGCCAGGUUGGGGGGGUCCCCCGGGUCCUGGUGGGCCAGGACCCUUUGGUGGCUUUUUUAACGUCAUUGGUUCCUGCCUGAGUUUCAUAUGUUGUUGCUGGUUGCUACAAGAUUGCUUUGGUGGGCCACCAGGGCCUGGAGGCCCACCUGGCCCACCGGGACCUCCGGGACCAUAAUCAUCUCAUCUUCAUCAUACCAUUCAUACAGUCACUGCGUGCAGCUGCUGUUUUAAGUUGUUCCUUAUAGUUCAUCAUGUCCAUCUGUUAUGUGAAAAUAAUGACUGAUUUGGAGCCAAAGAUACUGUAUUGUAACCGUUGAAGGACAUCCCUGUUUUUUUUAGUUUUUUCAGUUCGUGUCUUUCUUUCUCAAUUGCUGUUCUACAUUUGUACUGAUUAUCCAAUCAAACUGUUAUUCAAUCGUUUA